AUGGAAAAUACUAGUGGGGCCCAGCGCGGGUCACUCCUGCUCCUGCUGCUGUUGAACUUCCUCCUGUGCAAGGGAGCAGCCUCCCUGCCCAUCUGUCCCAAUGGAGCCGCCAACUGCCAGGUGUCUCUACGGGAUCUGUUUGAGCGUGCGGUCAUCCUGUCUCACUAUAUCCACAACCUCUCCUCAGAGAUGUUCAAUGAAUUUGAUAAACGGUAUGCCCAGGGCAGAGGGUUCAUCACCAAAGCCAUCAACAGCUGUCACACUUCAUCCCUCCCAACACCGGAAGACAAGGAGCAAGCCCAACAGAUUCACCAUGAAGACCUUCUGCGCGUGGUCCUGCGAGUGCUGCGCUCCUGGAACACCCCCCUGUAUCACCUCGUCUCAGAAGUGCGAGGCAUGCAAGAAGCUCCUGACACCAUCCUGUCUAAGGCUGUGGAGAUUGAGGAACAAAACAGGCGACUUCUCGAGGGCAUGGAGAAGAUAGUGGGCCAGGUUCAUCCUGGAAUCAAAGAAAAUGAGAUCUACUCCGUCUGGUCGGGACUGCCCUCCCUGCAAAUGGCUGAUGAAGAUGCCCGCCUUUUUGCUUUUUACAACCUGCUCCACUGCCUACGCAGAGAUUCCCAUAAGAUCGACAACUAUCUCAAACUCCUGAAGUGCCGAAUCAUCUAUGACAGCAACUGCUGA